AUGCCUCCCCGUAUUAUAUUCUUUCUCGGCCUUCCUGGAGUUGGAAAAGGAACGCAAUCACAGAAGAUUUGUCGGAAGUACGGGUUUAUCCACAUUUCUGCUGGGGAGUGCCUUAGGGAAGAAGUCAACCGUCCGAAUUCCAUUUACAAGGAAAUAAUCAAUUCAUACAUCUUAAAUGGGGAAAUAGUACCUUGUGAAAUAACGGUAUCUCUUUUGGAAAAUAAGAUGCGAUCGCAUGGCUGGGACAAUACGUUCAUUAUCGACGGAUUCCCUAGGAACAAUGGAAAUAUUGCGGGUUGGAAUGAUAAAAUGUUGGAUAAAACUGAUGUUAUAGGCAUAAUUACGCUAAUUGUUGAUGCUAAUGUUAUUUUUGAAAGGAUAAAGAUCAGACAUGCGUCAUUGGGCCGCACAGAUGACAAUACAGAAACGCUUAAGAAACGAUUUCAAGUCUUCGAAAACGAGACUUCACCAAUUAUAAACUCAUUCCGCACUCUGGGUAGAUGCAUGCAAGUAGAUGGGAACGGAGAUAUUGAACAAGUGUGGGAGAGAGUUAAAGUGGCCGUUGAUACACUAAUCAACAAUUACGAACGGAGCAUUCCUCAACCAAGUACCUGA